AUGGGUCUCAAGCAGCUCAUGAUGCGAUGGAAACACAACAAUGGCAUUGGCAGCUAUCACUACUCUUAUUCCAAACUUUGCAAUACAAUUGACCCUCCUAAUUCUAAACAUCCAUAUCUACCCAGGGGCUGUGUUUUUAUCCAUGUUGGACCCCAAUGCGAGCGUUUCACCGUUCCUGUGCGCUUCCUGAACCUCCCUAUCUUCCAGGAUCUUUUCGAGAAAGCUGCGGAAGAAUUUGGUCUUGAUGAAGGCAUCAUGGGAUUGGUACACAUUCCUUGUGAAGUGGCUUUCUUUGAAGAAAUCAUCAAGCACCUCAACAAAGAUGAGCAUAAAUAUGGAAAUUUUUCUUUGGAAGAUUUUGCCAAUAUGGUUUCAUGUGCUUAG